CCUCCCCCGUCGUUGUCCCCCCCCGGUCGCGUGGCAACGAGAGGACGCGUGACGUCACUGCGGCCUCUGGCACUGCACGGGCCUCGCUCCGCGGGUUGAGACUUCUGUAGCUCUCUCUCUCCAAAGGAGGGCAAUGGUGCUGCUGCACGUGAAGCACGGGAAUGAAUCGCAGUUCCUGCUGGAGAGCGACGCGCAAGCGCCGCUAGACGAGCUCACGGCGCGGGCGACGCGCAUCUACAACGGGCGCCUCCGCGUGGAGCGGCUGUGCUCGGGCGUGGAGGAGCUCGCUUCGCACGGGGCAGCACUACCGCCCAACAUGCAGGGCCUGACGGAGGAGCAGCUGGUGGAACUGCGGCUUCGGGACGAGUGGGCCGAGAGCUGCGUGCCCAGCGGCGGCGCCCAGUUGUCCCCUGAUCCCUGCGGGCGUAGAGGAGGCCAAGCACCCAAUGAAAAGAUGCAAGAGGUCCUGAGGAAAACGAUACAAGAAGCCAAAGCACUUAUAUCAAAGAACCAGGUGCAGGCGAAUGUGUUUAUGACGAUGGAGAUGGUGCAGGAGGCACUCGAUCAGCUGAGAGGAGCCGUCACCAUUGUCUAUCCGAUGCAGCUGCCCCCACACGACCCCGUGCGCAUGGAGAUAGAGGACAGGGCUGAGCUGGCCGGCAUGCAAGCGGGACUGCAGGUGAUCGAUGAGAAGGAAGCGCAACUGUGGUGGGCAGGGAAGCACUUGCAGUCAGACAAGAAGCUUAGCGACUACAUUGGCAAGAACGAGAAAACCAAGAUCAUCAUCAAGAUUCAGAAGCGAGGUCAGGGUGCCCCAGCUAGAGAGCCCAUUGUGAGCGAGGAACAGCAGAAGCAAAUGAUGUUGCAAGCAUACCGGCGGCAGGAAGAGCUCAAGAAGUUGGAAGAAUGCGAAUCGGAUGAUCACCUGUCCUCAAACUGGGCUGACGCGCACGCCCUGAAGCGCUCCUUCCAGGGGCUGCGAGACAUCUCCUGGAGACCCAAGUGAAUCGGUCGCCUCUUGGGACGUUAACACUGCACACCCCAGGGCUAAGAGAAUGCAGCUCAACUCGUUCACGAGAUGAGAACUCUAGGGGAUUCCAACACGAGGUCAAAGGGCUGUGUGUGUGUGUGUGUUGUUAUUUAAUAAAGCAAUGUGAAACAAGA